CCAACCCAACAUUGGACGCAAGAAUUGCACUCCUACCCCCCAAAACGGCCUAGUGGCGUUGUUUCUACUUUACGCCCAUCUGCCACCUGGCGCACUUUCACUACAACGUAAUAGGGCACCCCUCAGGCUCUCGGCUCCCUCAACUCUGUGCUGAGCGGAUGGGCCAAGCUCGCCCCCGGCCAUCGGCGCCGCGGCACGCACCCCGACCGAGGAAUGGUUCGGGAUUACCCCUUCGGCCGCGCUUGAGAGCUCACAGCCGCCCCGCCAAGCUUAUUUGCUCCCCAAGGUCCCCUGAAAGGGAUGGGAUGACAAGACCACCUAGUGAGGAAAUUUGGCAGAGCGAGAUAUCGACAAGUGUCCUGUCUGAAAGUGCGACUCGCGAGCUCCAAGAUUGGGAACAACACCUGCACACACCGGAUUCUGCAGCCAUUGUCACCAAAAAAACACCUCAUCACUCCAAUCUUUUCAGCAAAUCGCACGAGACAGAAUGGCCCGCUCUUGGAAGCCCGUCUUCUGGGCCCUUUUUCUGCUGGUGCAGCUGGGCAUCGCGUCCUCCGUGGCCGAGAAGCUCGGCUUCGCAGGCAAGGCCGUCGCCGACCUUAGCCUCGAGGAGCUCGACGAGCAACUGCAGCAAUGCUCCGUCGUCCAGAGCCUCACGGCCGACAAGCUAUCUAAGAUGAGCGACACCCCUUCCCUCCUCUCCCGCGCCUUCGGUGUACUUUUCCCCGGCUCGCCCGCCGUCAACGCCAUCCUCGCGACCCUCUAUAUCUCCGGCCCGCCCAACUUCCUCCUAGCGCUCUGCCCACCCAACAUCGACCCCUCCUCGCUCUCCGUCAUGGUCGCCUUCGCCGUCGGCGGCCUCAUGGGCGACACCCUCUUCCAUCUGCUCCCCGAGAUCUUCCUCGGCGAGGACGAGCCCGAGCGCGCCCGCCUGGUCCUCGUCGAACCGAACCGCAACCUGCUCCUCGGUGUCGCCAUCCUUGUCGGUUUCAUGACCUUCGUUGCCAUGGACAAGGGGCUGCGUAUUGCCACGGGUGGUGCCGGCCACUCACACGAUCAGGCCGGCCACUCUCAUGCCGAAGCAAAGGCCGAGGGCGCCUCAUCGGGCGUGGAGAAGGCGGGCGAGCUCAAGUCGCGGAAGAAGAAGACCGGCGCCGUCUCCGGCGGUGACGCGGUGGAGAAAACGGAGAAGGAGAUCAACCCUAGUGUCAAGCUCGGAGGCUACCUCAACCUGAUUGCCGACUUUACACAUAACAUCACUGACGGCCUGGCCAUGUCGGCUAGCUUCUACGCCUCCCCGACCAUCGGCGCCACGACAACGGUCGCCGUCUUCUUCCAUGAGAUCCCUCACGAGGUCGGCGAUUUCGCCCUGCUGGUGCAAUCGGGGUUCAGCAAGAAGGCGGCCAUGGGUGCGCAGUUCGUGACCGCGCUCGGCGCGCUCUUGGGAACGCUCAUCGGCAUCGCCAUUCAGGAGCUCGGCGGUAGCUCCGGUGAAGGCGUCAUGGCGCGCAACGCGGGUCUCUGGGGAACUAGCCUGACCUGGGGCGAUAUGCUUCUGCCCUUCACGGCGGGUACGUUCCUCUAUGUGGGCACUGUUGCCGUCAUUCCCGAGCUGCUGGAGACGGGCCCGAACAAGAUGGCCGAGCUGCGUAAGACGCUGGUGCAGUUCGCUGCCAUCGCCGUGGGCGCCGGCAUCAUGCUGUACAUUUCGUGGCACGACUGAAUGCGCUCUUGUGUGGGGAGGUUACAUGCUCCAAAAAAAGAAUAAAAAAAGGAGAAAGUGAUGUGCCUAGAAGUACUCCGACUGCUCCCCAGCUGAGUCGUGUGCGAUGUAGAAACCUAUAGAGUAUGCAAGCCGUCACUUGGCCUGUUGCGCAAAGAGAUCCCCAAGAAUCGUAGAUAAAUCGAACUCGGCCAAUGCCCUACUUGGCACAUACACGCAUGCCUCAAGAAGAGUUAAGGGCCGUUUCCAUACGUAUGACAUACAGUAAGCUGGGCGACGAUGGCUUACCCCGACAGAAUGGCGCAGACGUGGCAGAGACGGCCUAGGCUGCGCGCUCCCAUAACCGGGUUGGCGGCCUGGCCUGAGUCUUGUUUCUGACCGUCUUU